ACUAGCCGAGAAUCGCAUUGUAAAGAAGAGUCAUUCCGUAAAAUCAAGUGGAGCUAAAAUGAGGAACUUUGUUAAUUUUACUGAAAAGCUUUUGAUGCUGGAGGAGCAGUUCAACGAGCAGAACCAUCAUUUAAAGACCCCUAUUUCUGACACCCCAAACAAAAAUCAGGCACCAGAAAACCAGAUGGAUGCGUUGAAAAAAGUUGAAAAAACUCCUCUAUUGAACUCUUUGAAUUUUAACAACUUGAUUGGAUCAUCAUAUAGUAGUGAUGACAUAACCGAUUUUGAUGACUUUCCCGACCUAAAUCAACCGCUGCCAAAUGUUUCCAUACGUGAGCAACUACGUUUGGUUUCGGUGAAUCGUGGAAGAAAUCUCGGCUAUCUGCGCAAUCAUCAGAAGCGUCUCGAAGAAAUUUGGCUAUCCCAAGAAUCUAAUGAAAAUUGGGGAAAGUAAAUCCUUGGCAUAAGGAAAUUUUCUUCAAGGCGUUGAUUGAUGACCAUCGAGUUGAUGACUUCUUUUUAACUUGAACUUACGAUUAAUAUUCUCUUUUGACUGAAUAAGAAAAAUACAAU